UUGUCAUUGCUCUCAAAGUUGUCAAAAUUAUAAACAGUACUAGUGAAUCAGAAUUUAAAAGUUUUGUCAGCUGGUUUUGAUUUUGACUAAAUUUUUAAAAUAAAAGCCGUAAAGGGCAAGGUUUUGGUACAAAUAGAUAGAAAGCAAAAAAAAUGGUUCGAGUCAUCACUCAAGAUACUUACGAUGAGGUUGUUAAGGAAAAUAUAGAAGAGUUUGAUAUGAGUCCUGAAGAGGCGAUAAAAGAGGCAAUAGAUCAGUUUGAGGCACAAGGUGUAGACCUCACUAAUAUAAUAAAGGAUCUAGCUUUGGGUUCUGGUGAUAAGCAUUUGGUUUUGACAACUGUAGAAAAGUUGAAGGAAUUAUGUAGCAACAACAAGAAUGACACCUUAAUUAUGAAUGAAUUUGAAAUCUUAAAGGCAGAAUGCAGUAAAGACAUAGCACACAGAGUUAUGGCGGGAAAAGCAGGCGCUUACAAUAUAUUAAUAGAUCUAUUAGAUGAAAAACUGAAAAUGUAUAAAAAUGUAGAGAGUGAAGAGAAUAAACAGUUUAUAGUUAAAAUAUUAAACUGUUUGGUAGCUUUGAUGGAAGUACAGCCGGACUUACUUGAUAAGAAGGGAGUUGAUUUAAUUGACAGUUGUCUAGAUCUCCAGAACGAUGAGAUUAUAAUAUCAACAUUAAAAUGGAUCAACGAAUGUUGCACCAAACACGAGAUCAAUAGACAGAAUCUAUUUGCUACAAACAUCGGGAAGAAAUUGAAGAUUUUGCUUGGAAAAAAUAAUGUACAGUUGCUCUGUGAAGUAUUACAAGUUAUAAGGAAGUUCACUCUCGAUGACGAUAUUAGAGUUGAAUUUGGCAAAGCUCACGAACACGCUCGUGAUUUGGGUGUACUCUUACUGGAAUCACUGGCUGGACUAUUGAAGAAACACACGACCCCACCACUGGUGUCUGAGUUAAUGUGGACUACCUCCACACUGCUAGUACGCCACGAGCUGUGUUCGAGGGCGGACCUCCGGGCGGAGCUCAUGAGCGUCCUCUGUGACAACUACGAUAAUGUCGUUGUCAUUCAGCAAGCUUGUAAACUAAUCACCGCAUUGGCCGGAAACGACGACGUCAAACGUGAUAUAAUUAAUGGCGGCAUUGUACCGGUUGUAGUUUCAUUAUUGGGAAGACACGCUUCAAAUGCACCGGCGUCCGCACUUAUACUGAAAUGUAUAGCAGCUUUGUCACUGAGAGAACCGAAUCACGCGAAACAGUUCCUACAGAGCGGGGUCAUAAAGGCGAUUGUUGACUGUAUCAAGAUACAUCCAAACAGUUCGCAAGUACAGAAGAACGCCUGCUGGGCGAUACGUAAUUUAGUAUCGAGAUGUCGAGAAUACAAUUCGCAAUUCCACGAACUCGAUAUUGAAGCGUUGUUGAAUCAAACUUACAACAAGUUCAACAAAGAGUUUGGAUUUGAUGUCAAAUCUGCACUCAGAGAUCUGGAAUGUGAUGUGAAGUUUGAGGAACAAUGGACGGGGAGAGGGGGGGAGAUUGAACAAUGAAAAAUAUAUAAUAUCAUUACCACACAUUAUAUAAUUAUUGAAUUACGACAAUAUGUAUUCGCUUGGUAUAAAUUAUGUUGGGCUUUUUAUAAAAUUUCGCUAAACACAUUCAUCGUAACUUUAUAAAUUUUGACUUAAUUUAAUGACAAAUCGAUCAUAUUUUAAAAUUGAUUGUGUUAAUCGUGAAAUAAAACAUUGCAGUUUUAAUUAA